AUGGACGCCCACGCCCGCUACCAGUCGCCCUUGACCUCGCGCUACGCUUCGCCCGAGAUGGCUGCCAACUUCUCGGACAACAAGCGCUUCAGCACCUGGCGCAAGCUGUGGCUCAACCUUGCUGUGGCCGAGAAGGAGCUCGGUCUCGACAUUCCCGAGGGUGCCAUCGAGGAGAUGAAGGAGCACCUUUUCGAUAUUGACUACAAUCUCGCCAUUGCUGAGGAAAAGAAGCGCCGCCACGAUGUCAUGGCCCACGUUCACACCUUUGGCGUUGCUUGCCCCAAGGCUGCCGGUAUCAUCCACUUGGGUGCUACCUCCUGCUAUGUCACCGACAACGGAGACUUGAUCAUCCUUCGCGACGGCCUCGACAUCCUGCUGCCCAAGCUCGCUCGUGUCAUCCAGCGCCUGAGCGACUUUGCGGAGCAGUACAAGAACCUGCCCACCUUGGGCUUCACCCACUUCCAACCCGCUCAAUUGACAACUGUCGGCAAGCGCGCGACCCUCUGGAUUCAGGAAUUACUCUGGGAUCUCCGCAACCUGACCCGUGUUCGUGAGGACAUUGGAUUCCGUGGAGUCAAGGGAACCACAGGAACCCAGGGAUCGUUCUUGGCCCUCUUUGAGGGUGACCACGACAAGGUCGAGGCCUUGGACCAGCGCGUGACAGAGCUCUCGGGAUUCAAGGAAUACUACCCCGUCACCGGCCAGACCUAUUCUCGUAAGAUCGAUGUCGAUGUCCUGAUGCCUAUGGCCUCCUUCGGUGCGACUGUUCACAAGAUUGCGACCGAUAUUCGUCUUUUGGCCAAUUUGAAGGAGAUCGAGGAGCCCUUUGAGAAGGAUCAGAUUGGAAGCUCUGCUAUGGCUUACAAGAGAAACCCCAUGCGCUGCGAGCGUGCCUGUUCUUUGGCCCGCCAUCUCCAGAUUCUGGUCCAGGAUGCCCUCGGGACUGCUAGUGUUCAGUGGCUGGAGCGCACUCUUGAUGAUAGUGCCAACCGCCGCAUCUGCUUGCCCGAGGCUUUCUUGACCAUGGACAUUCUGUUGACACUGCUGCAGAACAUCUCGGAGGGUCUUGUCGUGUACCCCAAGGUCAUUGAGCGCCGUAUCAGCCAGGAACUUCCCUUCAUGGCGACCGAGAACAUCAUCAUGGCCAUGGUCAAGAAGGGCGGUGACCGUCAAGAGUGCCAUGAGCACAUCCGUGUUCUCUCGCACGAGGCCGGUGCUGUCGUCAAGCAGCAGGGAGGCGAGAACGACUUGAUCCAGCGUAUCCGCAAGGACUCUUACUUCGAGCCCAUCUGGAGCGAGCUUGAGACCUUGAUGGACCCCUCGACCUUUAUCGGCCGUGCCCCUCAGCAGGUCGAUCGCUUCUUGAAGGACUAUGUUCAGCCUGCCUUGAAGCCCUAUGAGGAGACCUUGCGCCAGGAGAGCAAGGCCGAAUUGAGCGUCUAA